GUUAGAAUGCAGGAGACUUCUAAAGAGAUACCUGCUGGUUCCUUACCACGCUCUUUGGAUGUCUUUCUUCGCCAUGAGAUUGUUGAACAGGCCAGAGCCGGUGACACUGUUAUAUUUACGGGAGCGGUAAUUGUUUUACCUGACAUAUCGGCAAUGGCAUCACCUGGGGAGAGAGCAAAAUGCCGUCGAGACUCAUCGCAGCAGAAAAGCUCCACCGCUGGACACGAAGGAUUCAAAGGUCUCAAGGCUCUGGGAGUUAGAGAUCUGUCGUACCGGCUUUCCUUUAUCGCAAACUCAGUGCAGAUUGCUGAUGGUAGCAGGAACACUGACACGAGGCACCGCCAAAACGAUUCCAACGAAGAUGAUCAGCAGCAGUUCACUGGAGAAGAGCUAUACGAAAUUCAGCUGAUGAAGAAGACUCCUGAUUACUUCAAUAAGUUAGUUGGAAGCAUGGCGCCAACCGUUUUUCGUCAUCAAGACAUCAAGCGUGCAAUUCUACUUAUGCUCCUAGGCGGUGUACACAAAACCACCACUCAUGAAGGCAUCAACCUUAGAGGAGACAUCAAU